AUGCGCCGACGACAUCUUGCUAUCUUCAAAGCAGCGCAUAGUCGGCGUGCUCCUCAGACCACAAUGGCUCAACAAUACACAGAAGAGCAUACCUACCAUCCUCAAGAUGCCAUUGGCGCGGCUUUCAAGGCCACUGCUCUUACCGGAGGAUUCGGUCUGUUCGCCUCGGCCGUUCAAAAUACUCUAGCGAAGCAGAAUGUCGGACCCUUGGGAAUCUUCCUUAGAAGUGGCGGCACAAUUGCUAUUUUUGCGUCGGCCAACCUUCGCGAAACCAACGAUACAUAUAACACUGCUUUGGGUGGUUUCUUUGCCGGCUCUAUUCUUGGACUUCGAGCACGAACCUUCCCCUCGGUAUUCGGAUACGGAACCGCUCUCGCAGUGACAUUGGCUGCGUUCGAAUACACUGGAGGCUCGCUUUUCGGUAAGGAAAAGGACCACAACUUAGACAAAUAUGCGGAAUUAGAAAGAAUACGAACAAAUUACCGAACCCCGGCCGAGCAGACAUUCGCAGAGCUUGGUGAAGGACGAGGUAUUUAUGGUCCUGGAUAUGCUGAGCGCCGUCGCGAGAGAAUCAAGGAGGCAUAUGGCAUUGACGUUCCGGCCACACCUCCUCCGGCAUCGUAA